GUGAGCAAAAUCCCCGGGGAAAACCCGGGGCAGGAGGAUGGAUACGCGACGAGGCUGCGCUGCGGCUUCGGAGGGCGGUGGGACGAUAUAGGGAGACUCCACCCCGGCUGUGACUCAUUCCCUUCUCUGCACAGGCGCCAGUAGUCAUUUACACGGAGAAUACGCCCGUGGGCGAGAUCGAGAACAUGGCUUUCUAGACCUGCACAGAUCUCGAAGCCAGCGAGCGUGUGUUGCGCGCUGCAACAAAACCAGCAAAAUGGAGUCUCGUUUUGCCGCCACCACCAUCCCUGCCUGCAGGAGUCGAGCCCCUCCUUGCGUGCUGCAGCCCAAUCCUGCGUCUAACGUGAACGAUCAUCACUACAAUGUCUCUGCUGGCGGCGCUGACCCUGGACCUGGACCUGACCAUGCUCCCAGCUAGCACCAUGUCCUGCAGGCCGGAGCUGCUCAAGCACCGGCUGCCCCACGCCGGUCACUGUGAGCUGCUUGCCGGACCUGUAGAUGAGGGCUUUGUCCUCAGUAUGGAGCGUCUGCCACUGACAGGUGAUGGCUACUCAGACUGGAUGACGGAGCGCACAGACCUGGCCGCGCUCCUGAGUGUGUCAGGGGAGCCCUCGCUACUCUCACUGCCCUCCCCUCCUACUCCGGACCUGGAGGCCAUGGCCUCACUACUCAAAAAGGAGUUGGAGCAGAUGGAGGACUAUUUCUUGGAAGAGUCACUCUCUCCUGAUCAGGUAGCACCCAGCACACCCCCUUCUGAUGGGAACUUCCACUUUCCCUUUGGUGAUGGUUUCCAACCCCUGGAGCACCACAGCACACCUGCUCCCUUGCAGACCUUGGAUUCGAGCUGCUUAGAGUUGUUAGAGCUCUAUGGUAGAGAUGUGCCUGCAGAGAUCCCCCUGCAGGGCAACGAAGUACCUGUCUCACUACAACGCCCACCUACCCUACCACCAAAGGGGGACCGGCGCCAGAAGAAGCGAGACCAGAACAAAACAGCAGCCCUGCGGUACCGUCAGCGCAAACGGGCUGAACAUGAGGCACUAGGGGAUGAAUGCCAGGCCCUAGAGGCACGCAACCGUGAGCUACGUGAGAAAGCAGAAUCUAUUGAGAGAGAGAUCCAAUAUGUCAAAGACCUGCUUAUUGAGGUCUAUAAGGCACGAAGUCAGCGCCUGCGCACCACCCCCUAAAGGAAGGGAGCCGCACCCGUUCUCUUUUGUUUCCCUUCCCUCAAAUCAAAAACAAAAGCACUUAAAGGGGGCACUGAAUGUAAACAAGAUUGGAGGAAGCAUGUAGGAAUAAAGUUUGGGAGGCAGUGGGAAUCAGUAGCCUAUGAGACAGAGGUGGCUAGUAUAUGAACUAUGCAAGAGACAUGCAGAGUCAGGUGGGGCUACUAGACUGUGUAGGUGAGGGGUAGAUGGACUUCAUUUGGUUGGAAAUGGGAUUGCUGAGGUAAGAGAGGCCCAAGGUCAUCCUGUUUUGGAAACAGUCUUGGGGUUCUGGGGGGAUAGGUUAUAUGGGGUUAGUCUCUCUCUUUUCUCCCCUUUAUCAGGUACCACAGUCCCAAGGUUGUGACAUGGCUAUUUUGUAUGUAUACCUUCAUAGCACUUCCUUCUUUGCGCUACCUUUUCUCAACUAUGCACCAAUAAACAUUGUUUAAAUCACA